UAGAAUUUUUUAUUGCGCUCCCCUCAUUACGUUGUCGUUAGUUCCAUAUCAUCAGUGCAGUUGGACGCUUGUCACGGAUAACGGCUAUUAGAAAACAUAAUAUCACAGUUGAAAAUAACAGUUUAUCAGUGAAGUAAUGUUCCCAAAAUGUGGUGGAGGAUAUUGACUUUUUGUGUUUUGGUCACGUUCGUGCUUUUUGUCGUGUUGAGUUGUAUACACGGACGCCCUGUCGUGCAAUUAUUCUUCCACCGUUGCUGCGAAGACAAUAUAGAGAACGAUCAAUUGAUAUACGAGAAUUUGGGCAACAAUUUCCUCAAAGAGAGACUGGUCGCCGUUGAUGACGUUGUCGAUAACAGUUCUCUAGCCUCCAAAGAAGAUGUGGACGAAUUAAUUGUAAUGCUGAGGGAAAAGAUGAACGUACACAACCCUGUUGACAGAACAAAGUUGAAACACGAAGAUGCUUCGAGACUAGCGCUUGGUGACGUCAAAGAAACAAAUAUGCCAAUGGAAAACGAUACUAAUUUCGAUGAUUAUACAACAGAUAAUGCAAUAAUAGCGAUCGAUAAGGACAUAGAAGGUAAUACGACGUUCAAUAAGGAAGUAACGGAAAAGAUUGCGUCGAAGGAAAGAAUUGACGUUCUAGGAUAAAGGAAUCAGUAAUAAACUUGUAAUACAAAAGGUCAUAGAAUUACAACGGUAUAAAAUUACUGUGGAAAUGAAAACAUCAUUGUUUUUUUUAUCAUAUUGAAAAAUGUCCAAACGAAAGUUGGUGCCAAAAGUUAUGGUAGCAAAGAUUUCAGUUCCCAUAGUGAUAAAUGGAAGAUAUAGUCUAUGACAAUGAGUUAAUAUUAGAUGCGUGAAGAACUUCAUAUAACAAAAAUGUAUUCUUUUUUACAUCUGUAACUUCCUUCAGUGUGAAAUUAAAGUGUAAAGUUAGAAUUGUCUGGAAUAUUCAAUAAAUAUAAUAAAUAU